AAACUGCGAUGAAAUGCAAGGAAUAUAAAAGAUUACUUAAGUAAGCAAACUGAAGCCGAAAUAACGUCUGUCCGUCAACAGAAGAUCUCAAGAAUGGAUUAACAACUUCUUACACUCUCGACAGAGCAACAAACGAGCAAAAAUUGCUUUACUGAUAAUUCUCUUUUCUUUAAACACCAGUCGUCCGAAAGGGAAGAUACGGACUGCUCUGAUCAAUCCCUGACGCUUCCCGAACGCCAUUUAAAUAUCAGUUGUGUAGUUUACCUCAGAUUGGCAACGACAAAGUGUCAAUGAUUGUAGCAUCUCUCGACAUCACAGACCAUCUCUUCUUGGCACGCGCUCUGAAAAAUAUAUCUCUUCGGCGGGUUAACUAAAACUUAUCAAUUGCAUGCAAGUAAGAACUUUUCAUUUAUUUGACAUUUUGAAAUAUUGCAUCAAUAGAAAUUUAAUGACUUCAAAAAUUAUAUACGUAUACAUGUACUAAGUGUAUUAUAUAUAUAUAUAUAUAUAUGGUUCCCUUCAAUUCUAAUCUAAUCAAAAGUAUCACACAAACUUAGUAAUCGUUUAAGUCACGCACAGUCAAAAUAUUUAACUUGGAUUCAUAUUUUCCAAGUUUGUUAAUAUACAAAGCUCGCCUUCAACUUUGCUAGAUAUGAUAUUUGGUUGUGUUUAAAUCCUUAAGAAAGAAAUCUAGAAUGCGAAACGAAAAAGGUAUACAUAAUACUUGCCAUUAUUGUAUAGGUAAUUCAUUUGGGGGGUUUAAAACCCAUGUCAUCUUAAACAAAGAUUUCACCAACGAAAAGUGGUCUUGUGCAAAGUUGUCUUCUUGAUAAAUGAGGUAUUUAAAAAGGAAGAAAAUCUUUUCUUCAAAUAUUUUCCUUCCCUAAUAAUGAAGAUAAAAAUUGUAUUGAUUCGAAAUUGUUAUGUUUAGCUGAAUGAAAGCUUAGUCCCCGUUUUAAUUCCACAAUAACGGUCUUUCAAUUCCUAUUUUCUACUGGUAUUGGAUUAGCAGCGUGUCAGGAACUGGGCAGGCCAAAGACAUUCGGACCACAGGAGGAUUACAAAACACACAAACAUUUGUUUUUAUUCACAAAAAUGAAGCAAAAUUCUAUGGAAAUUUGUAUUUGAUAUACACAAGGUAAACUCAUUAAAAUCUCUUAACAAGAUCACCCCUGUUAGAUAAAGUGAGAUCUACCUAUCCAUCCCCUGGCAACAUGCUCGCCAAAAUGAAAGCCAGCGCCGAGCAGGACAUCGAGAAGAAGACUCCUGAUCUCAAACCAGUGCUCAUUACUGAGCGGAAGUUCAGCGUGUAUGAUAAAAAGGAAAAAGACAAUGUCACGGUCAGCGACAAAUCAAGGAACAGUAUUACUGUUCCCGCCAAAAGGGUGCCACCAAAGGUACCCCAGCCACGCGGUUCGCUUUCCGGCAUGUUGGCGACCAAAAAGUUCUUCAAACGGUUAUCAAAGAAGCAGAGAGCGGCGUCAACUGUUUCAGUUCCAGCAAAACAAUAUGAACCGACAUAUCGCAUGGAACCAAAGGUGCACUAUAACGAAAAAACAGUAUAUGACAUCGUGAAAGAACUCAUUGAUGAGAAAUUAGAAGGCAUGAUUUAUAGCAAAAAGUAUUCCGGAAACCUUACCAAAAUCAUAAGCAACCAGAUCAAAGAGAAAGUGAAAGCGCUGCACUAUGAUCGGUACAGGAUAGUAUGCAAUGUGAUGUUGGGAGAGAACCGGGGAGCCACUGUGCUGGCUACAAGUCGCUGUGCGUGGGAUCCAAAGACCGACAAUUUUACUUCAUACUCUUUCCAAAGUAAACAUCUAUUUUGCAAUGUGUCCGUGUUUGCGGUGUACAAGGAAUAGUGUUUUGUUUGUUUUCCAAAGUAAAAACAUUUGGACGGGCGAUAUUUGAUUUUUUUUUUAGAUCAAGACUUUAAAAACUGGUUUACUUUCCCGUGCGUUGGUGAACAAGAUUUGUUGACCGUCUUUUAUCUCAACAUAAUGAUAUUACAAUCCAUAUAUAGAUUUAGUAUAUUGUAUAUUUUGAUAAAUAACUCUUACUUCUAUUAUUACUACAAACUGUUCAUAUAAUAUGACUAAAUCAUAUUAAGAUCUUAAUAUUUUGACCUACUGCUUCUAAUUAUAUAUGAGGUUAUUCUAAUUUUUUGCCUACUCUGCACUGUACAUUUUAUUUUCUCCUUCUAUUAUACAUGCAACCAUUGAUUCAUAUUUAAUAAAUCGUUUUACGAUUUGAAAA